UUCUGCUCCAAGCGAAGCUGCCGCCGGUGCCGUCAGCGUGUCAAAGGCGGCGAGGGGCCGACGUUCGCUCGUAAACCUAGCGGUGCUGUCGGCUACCUCCCCCUUAAAAAAAACGGCUCAAGUUGCAUUGUUAUGCCAAGAUGCUCCUUGCACUUCAAUAUUCCAAGCUCUCCUUGGAGCACGCCUGCCUAGCCAAGUCUGCAAAAUGGCCGCAGCUUCGACGUGCAUUUAGCAGGAGUUCGGUUCGCCGAACUGACAGCUCGAGUGCAGCCGAGGCUCCCAAGGGAAUCCCAUACUCGAAGCUUUCUGUUGGAGUGCCCAAAGAACUAUACCAGAAUGAAAACCGCGUUGCAUUGUCUCCCGCCGCCUGCUGCUGCACUAGUGAAGAAGGGGUUUACUGUCAACAGUUGAGGAGCAAGCCUGGUGCAGCGGCCAAGUUCAAGAAUGAGGCCUAUGAGGCAAGUGGGGCGCGCAUCACAGAUUGCAAGACCACGUUUCAGUCGGACAUUGUGCUCAAAGUGCGUCCUCCGAUCGAAGUGGACAAGGGACACUUACGAGACAGCAGCACGCUCAUCAGCUUCCUGUAUCCGGCACAGAACAAUUCACUCGUAGAUGAGCUUGCCAAAAAGCAGAUGACUGUCUUUGCGAUGGAUGCCAUACCUCGCAUCAGUAGGGCUCAGGUGUUUGAUGCACUGUCGUCCAUGGCAAACAUUGCGGGCUACAAGGCAGUGAUCGAAGCAGCCAACCACUUUGGUCGUUUCUUCACCGGCCAAAUAACUGCUGCUGGCAAAGUGCCUCCUGCCAAGGUUCUUGUCAUUGGUGGUGGGGUAGCUGGCUUGGCUGCUGUCGGCUGCUGCAAAAAUAUGGGUGCCAUUGUGAGGGCAUUCGAUACGCGCGAGGCUGUGAGGGAACAAGUGGAGUCCUUCGGUGCAGAGUUCCUCACAAUCAACUUGGAGGAGUCUGGUGAAGGUGUUGGAGGGUAUGCAAAAGAAAUGUCCAAGGAGUUCAUUGAAGCUGAAAUGGCACUGUUUGCUGAGCAGUGUAAAGACGUCGAUAUCAUCAUCACUACAGCUCUUAUACCGGGAAAGAAGGCACCCCUUCUGAUUACCAGGGAAAUGGUGGAAACCAUGAAACCCGGAUCGGUCAUUGUGGACUUGGCGGCAGAGAGUGGCGGCAACGUCGAGACCACCAAGCCCGGAGAGCUGUACGUGCACAAGGGUGUCAUUCACAUUGGCUACACGGACCUGCCAAGUCGUAUGCCAACACAGUCCUCAACAUUGUAUGCCAACAACAUCUCGAAGUUCCUUUUGUCAAUAGGCUCCAAAGACCAUUUCUACAUUGAUCUAAACGACGAGGUUGUUCGUGGCUCCAUAAUUCUUCAGGAAGGAAAACUUCUGUGGCCACCGCCGCCACCUAAAGUAUCGGCUGCACCUCCACCACCCCCGAAGCCCGCAGUAACUGGCGCCAAGCCGUCUGGCAUUGCGCAGAAAGAGGCGCAAGUUCCUGACUACUUCAAGGAAACGCUCAAGAAGUCUCUUGUCUACACAGCAGGUCUUGGAACUGUUGUGGGCCUCGGAGUCGUCUCCCCAAAUCCAGCCUUCACGACUAUGACCACAAUAUUUGGCCUGUCAGGAAUUGUUGGAUAUCACACAGUGUGGGGCGUUACGCCCGCUCUCCACUCGCCACUGAUGUCGGUGACCAAUGCCGUUUCUGGCAUCACGGCUGUUGGUGGCCUACUGUUGAUGGGUGGCGGUGUCAUGCCAGGCACGCUGCCACAGUCUUUAGCUGCGGGUGCGGCCUUUGUUUCAACCAUCAACAUCUUUGGUGGCUUCCUUGUCACCCAGCGCAUGCUGGACAUGUUUCGUCGGCCAACUGACCCUAAGGAGCACAACUAUCUUUAUGCCAUACCUGCCCUGGCAUUCCUAGGUGCAUACAGCACAGCCGUGUCUCAGGGUUGCACGGACUUGGAGCAGAUGAUGUACCUGGGCUCGUCUCUCUGCUGUGUUGGUGCCCUGGCAGGCCUAUCCUCUCAGAAAACAAGUCGUCUGGGAAAUGCUUUGGGCAUGGUGGGCGUCUCGGGAGGAAUAGCAGCCACUCUCGGUGCCAUGGACUUGACACCAGAGCUGGCCACUCAAGUGGCCGCUUGCAUGGGUGCAGGUGCUGGUAUCGGCCUGCUGGUGGCAAAGAAGAUUGAGAUCACUGACCUUCCACAGCUAGUGGCAGCCUUCCACAGCUUGGUAGGACUGGCAGCUGUACUCACAUGCUUUGCCACAUACAUGGUCGAUUACCCUACCUUUGCAACCGAUGAAGCAGCGAAUGUGAUCAAGACUGCUCUUUUCCUGGGCACCUACAUUGGUGGUGUCACCUUCAGCGGUUCUCUUGUUGCAUACGGAAAGCUUCAAGGGCUUCUGAACUCUGCUCCUCUUCUGCUCCCCGGCCGUCACGUGCUCAACAGUGGUCUCCUGGCAGCCAACGUAGCUGCCAUGGCCUACUACUUCAUGGAUGACAGCCUCACUGCCGGUCUGGGCUGUCUCGGGACCACUGCUGCCCUUUCCACACUCAUGGGAUUCACUCUCACAUCAGCCAUUGGAGGCGCUGACAUGCCUGUGGUGAUCACAGUGCUAAACAGCUACUCUGGCUGGGCCCUCUGUGCCGAGGGCUUCAUGCUCAACAACAACCUCAUGACCAUCGUGGGUGCUCUCAUUGGUUCAUCUGGUGCCAUCCUCUCCUACAUUAUGUGCAAGGCUAUGAACCGGUCACUUCCCAACGUCAUCCUUGGUGGCUACGGCACGUCAAGCACUGGUGGGGGCAAGCCGAUGGCCAUCACGGGCACUCACACUGAGUGCAACGUGGAUGAGGCCGUAUCCAUGAUCCGUGAGGCCAAAAACAUCAUCAUCACUCCCGGCUAUGGCCUCUGUGUUGCCAAGGCCCAGUACCCACUGGCUGAGAUGGUCAAGACUCUGCAGGCAGCUGGCAAGAAUGUGCGCUUCGGAAUUCACCCUGUUGCUGGCCGCAUGCCAGGCCAGUUGAAUGUCCUCCUAGCUGAGGCUGGUGUGCCCUACGAUAUUGUCUUGGAAAUGGACGAGAUCAACGAGGACUUUCCGAAGACAGACCUUGUCCUUGUCAUUGGUGCCAAUGACACCGUAAAUUCUGCAGCUGAGGAGGAUCCAAACUCUAUAAUCGCUGGAAUGCCAGUUCUGAGGGUCUGGAAUUCAAAGAAGGUGAUUGUUAUGAAGAGGAGUCUAGGUGUUGGCUACGCAGCCGUCGACAACCCAAUCUUCUACAAAGAGAACACAAACAUGCUUCUUGGAGAUGCAAAGAAGACAUGUGAUGCUCUGCUUCAGAAAGUUCAAACAACUUACCAAUCUUGAUGUGAACCUCGGGAUGUGCCUGUGAAUGGCAACUUUUCGUAAAUGCAUCAUUUCCGUACAUUGAUUUCGUAAAAACCCAGCAAUACGCAGUUCGUAUUAAUAUUGUGCCAUUGCAACAUCAGUGAGGGGAUUUUCGAAGGCGAGGAACGAAAAUGGACUUAAGGUAGACGUACCUGAUUGCUGCAUUUUUUUUUGAGCCACGUAUGACAUUGUCUUUUUUUACAAAUAUUUUUGUACAUUAUAGGAAUAGGAAUUUUUCACAAAGAACUUUGGUUUGCUUUUAAAUGUACGAAAGUCAAGAAAAUGAGCUUGAAGUUAUUGUCAUGCCGGCAGUGCUUCACAUGCCUUGUCAGCAAAUCGUCGAAGUCUAUUUUUCAAUUGAUACUUGAACUGCUCGCUUUUUGAGCUGUGAGCAUUGAUGUAUUUACAGUACACAAAACAAAUAAAUAAAAAAUGAAGUGUCUGUGCA